AAAAAGGACACGAAAGAAAGAAAAACACAGCAGCCUACCGCGAUGGCGAAGGAGGGCGGCGCCGGCGAGCGGGAAGCGGCGGAGGACAGCAUCGUGUGGAGGGAGGAGGCGCGGAGGUUCGAGACGCCCGACGGCAGGGCUUUCCUCCAGUACCGCCUCGUCGCCCUGCCGCGAGCAUCCUCCGGCGGCGCGACCCCGGCGUCGGCGGCGAUGGUCAUGGUGCACACGUACGUGCCGGGGAGCAAGCGCGGGCGGGGCCUCGCCUCGCGCCUCUGCGACGCCGCCUUCGCCCACGCGCGGCGCCACGGCUUGCGCGUCAUCCCCACCUGCUCCUACAUCUCCGACACGUACCUCCCUCGCAAUCCGGCGUGGAACGAGCUCCUCUGCAAGGACGACGAACCCAAACCCAGCAACACCAGCAGUAGCAUGUAGCACAUUCACUAAAAGGCUCUGCCUGUGCUCAACUGUUAUGCAUAUAUUUCUCUGAAUAAGCAGCUGAAUGGCACCACACUGGCGUCAACACCAUGCCUCUUGUUGUAAGCUCUUCGUCGCGGGAGUUGAUAUCCUCAGGACUCAUCAGCAGUUUUUAUGUAACUGAAUUAUAUGGCCGAUGCUAGAGGUUUAAACAACAUUUGAUGUGGUUGGAACUUUUGAUGUGUCCAAACGUCAGUAGAUCAGAAACUGCUUUGCCGUA